AUGGACAAGGCAGUUGCCGAUGAGCUGUUGCCCGACGACCAGGAGAUGUUGGAAGCACUGAAAAGCUUUCUGGUCCGGAAAAAUGCGCGAAUACGACGACAGACAGGCGAGCCCCGCGGCGAUCUGGUCGAGCAGGUGCGCCAGCAACGGCAUGAGAUCAUCGAAUUGCGCAACAAGUGUCGCAUGCUGGAAGAGAAGCUCAGGAUGUACGAGCAGAACACCCCGAAACACGCCAUUCUUGUUUCUCCAAAGAAGAUACAAUUGUCACCACUAAAAGCACAGCAGCACUCGCCAACUUAUUCUGCGCUUUCUGGUACAGAAACCGAGGACUCGGAGUUCAACACGCCACGAAAACUGCGAUUAGUUGGCACGGCGGCUGUGGUGGCGGUGAGUCCCGCAAAAGAUGACUCAAUUCUUGACGACUGCGACGAAGAGUCACUAAAGGUGCUAAAACAGAGCAGCUCGCAGCAGCCGCGCGACAAAAUCCGGGAAAUGGCCGUGCUGGACCUGACACGCCAUCCGGGCCGCAAAGGGAACUGGUGGCCGGAGGAUUUUAAGCCGAACCCAGAAACCAACUUUGGACAGACAGAGGCGUUCAAAUUGCGUCGAAUUAAUCCCAAGUACGCGCAUCCAGCGUUGCAGACACAGUACAAAUACCAACAGCAACAUCUAAAACAGGAGGCCAUGAAAGAUUUUAAUCGCCUGGCAGGACAGGUGGAGCCGGUGACGCCUGGAGUGAAGUUGGCGUGGAGCGCUGCCGACUCCGCGACGCUGCCGACGCCGCUAAAAACUCCCGACCAGGCCCUGAGCAACCCGAAAAUCGACCCGGUGUUUAAAUUCGAGAUCAACAGGUCCAACUACAAAAACUUCGACCUCAACCUCAACAGUAACAAAAUCAAGCUCUGGCUCGAUCUGCAAGACUCGCCGCCGGGCCACGAGCGGUCAGAGUUCCCGACGCCGUCGCAAUCGGAAGCAGACCGGCAGAAAAGCAUCAAACGGGCGAAACUGGUGGCCCUGCAAAGACUGUUCCAGGCAGUUUUCAUGGUGCAACCAACAGACAAAUCGGGAACGUCGUACGAGCAGGUUGGCAAGUUUAUCUUUCGCAACGACGAAUGGAACCAGCUCGUGCGACGCAACGAGUUUCAGAUCGACGAGUCCAUAUUCUACAACGCCGAAUAG